AUGCCACAACUAGAUCCCGGCCCAUGAUUUUUAAUCUUAACAUUUACUUGAUUAGUUUUCUUAACUAUUAUUCCAACUAAAAUUUUAAACCAUGUUUCACCAAAUGAACCAACACCGGUAAAUGCUGAAAAACAUAAAACUGAAACCUGAGACUGACCAUGAUAG